UCGUACCUGAGAUGCUUAUUUUUGCCUCUCAGGAACCAGUUGGCAAGUCAGACCAACAUCAAUAUGCACAACUUUCCUUCGUUUAGCAAGAUGGCCCUAGACCUUGAGGCAAAGAUAGGGCAUGGACAGGCACCCACUGCGGAUGGAAGGAAGAAGACACUGCCUCCCAACUGGAAGGUGAAGGGCCGCUUAAUAAUUGUCGAUAACGAUGGUCCUACUAUCGAGCUAGACAACAACUUCCAGGAGGGAGUAGGUUCAGAGGCGGGCAGCGUAGAAGCUUCAGGGGGUGGAGUAGUCGCUGUUGUAACUCAGAAAGUCACCACGAAUGUCAGCCAAUAUGGCAUUGGCGCCGUGCUCGCGCAGCAGGAGGGGCCAAAGUUGAGGCCUGUAGAGUACAUGUCCAAGAAAAUGCCGUCUCAGAAGUUGGCUAAGUCCACCUAUGAGAAGGAACUCUAUGCGGUGUACAAGGCUCUGACCCAUUGGAGGCACUAUCUCCUUGGGAGGUUCUUCAUCCUUGGGACUGAUCAUCAGACCCUGAGAUGGAUGAGAACUCAGCCGGUGCUCUCUGACGCUCUCAAGCGUUGGAUCGGAGUCAUUGAGCAAUAUGACUUUGACCCUCAGUAUCUGAAAGGGGAGUACAACAAGGUUGCUGAUGCCUUGUCGCGUAGACCUGAUUUCUCAGGUGCGCUGAUUACUGAGUUCGAUCUGACGGACAAUGUUACUCAGUCCUUGGUGGAAGCCUAUCGCGAGGACCAGUUCAUGUCUGAGAUCAUACGCAGACUCCAGGCGAAGGACAAGAAGAACUCUGUCGAGUUUGAAUUGGUCAAUGGCUUGUUGUUCCUUGAGAAGGCGGGGAAUAAACGAUUUUGUGACCCUAAUAGUGAGCCUUAAAAGAGUUUUUGUUUUGAUUGCAAUAUCAAGUCAAUUUGUUACGAAAAUU